AUGGAGGACAGUGGGGAAGAUACGAGGCCUCACUUUCGGUUCAGCAACAUCCGCAACAGUGACCCCAACAUCCACACCAGUGACCCCAACAUCCACACCAGUGACCCCAACAUCCACACCAGUGACCCCAACAUCCACACCAGUGACCCCAACAUCCACACCAGUGACCCCAACAUCCACACCAGUGACCCCAACAUCCACACCAGUGACCCCAACAUCCACACCAGUGACCCCAACAUCCACACCAGUGACCCCAACAUCCACACCAGUGACCCCAACAUCCACACCAGUGACCCCAACAUCCACACCAGUGACCCCAACAUCCACACCAGUGACCCCAACAUCCACACCAGUGACCCCAACAUCCACACCAGUGACCCCAACAUCCACACCAGUGACCCCAACAUCCACACCAGUGACCCCAACAUCCACACCAGUGACCCCAACAUCCACACCAGUGACCCCAACAUCCACACCAGUGACCCCAACAUCCACACCAAUCUAAGAGUCCACUACCUCUUGCAGUACAAGAUGAAGACCGGCGCUGCUACCAUGGCAGACAAGCACGGAACAAGAAGCAAACUCUAG